ACGAUCUUUGUCAGCAACGAAGCGAGAGGGACGGCGAUGUGACGAUUUUAGCCGAUUAUUCUCGAAGUGUACUGACGCCGGCGGUGCUGCUCCCUUUAAACUGGCAGCCCUCCGCAGUUUUCCACCCGCUCUUUGUCCGCCAACAGCUUCAUGACGACGCGCUUCCCCUCGGGGUGAUGUCGGAGACAUUUAGGCUUUAUGUAUUCACCUCUCCGUAAUGGCCGCAGCCAGGACCUUGGACUUGAACCGUAACACCGUAUGCCGGAGAAGGUAGGAGGAGAGGAGCCCGGCAGCAUCCCCGGCGGGCAGCAUCACAUGCCAAAGUGGCGGAGGUUUUUUUUUUAGCGGAGCUCGACACUUAACAGGAGUCCGGUGUCCUUGCUGGAGUCAAAGGCGGCCGCGGUGUCCGUGAGAGACUGCAGCACUUUCUACGAAAACAGAAAAUGUCGCCUCGCGUUUUGGAACAAGCACACCGGCAUGGAGGCGCAGCUGAAAUGCGGUGAAAGGCAUUGGCAACUACUCCGUGUCGCUUUACAAUGUUUCGGACAUUCGGCAGAGGCAGCGGGCUCGUUGCAUUAGCUCGCGCUUAGCGCCGUUUCGUUAAAGGAGCUCUCAACCACCUGCGCAACCUCCUCUCACCUCAGCACCAGCCUCUCCUCCCCGAGAGAUGACAUCCCCAGACUCACCGCCGCUGGUCUCUCCCUCCCCGUGUCCUGCACCCCCUCCAUCCCUCCCGUCGUCCCCAGUGCCUUCUUCCCCUGCCCCGUCCUCUUCCUCCAUGCCCGCCCAACCCUCACUGCCCCCCACGGGGGAGGUGAUGGUGCUGGCUCUGGGUAGGAAGAAGCAGCGGGUGCUGAUAGCUCUCUCCAUCCUACCCAACCUCUUCCUGGCCUUCCUGCUGUCCUCCGACCCUCUCAUCACCCUCUCACCUCACCACCACUGCCACCUGCCAGACCCUUUGCCCUCGCCAGAGGUGCUGAACGCCUCCCUGCCCUGGGAGAAGGGGCAGAGGCCCGGCGACAGCGGGGGGCUUUCUCAGUGUAAGCAGUACACCAACGGCAGCCAGUCCGAGGUGGUGGACUGCAAGGCUGGAUGGGACUACAACGUCACGGAGGGGCUGAAGAACAACAUCGUUACGGAGUGGGACCUGGUGUGUGCUCAGUACUGGCUUGUCCCCGUGGAGGAGGUGUGCUUCAUCCUGGGCGUCCUGACCGGCUGCCUCAGCUUUGGCUUCGCUGGCGACAGGCUGGGCAGGUCCAAAACCCUGCUGACCUCCCUGACGCUGUCCGUGAUAUUCGGGGUGCUGGUGUGCGUCUCCCCAUACCCGUCUCUCUUCAUCGUCAUGCGUUUCUGCCUGGCGGCUGCUAGCGCUGGAGUCUAUCUGACUCUGUAUAUCACCCGGCUGGAGCUGUGUGAGCCGUCUCUCAGGCUGCUGGCCACCACGCUGGCCGGGCUGAUGACCGUGGCCGGAGAGCUGCUGCUGCUGGCCGUGGCCCUCGGCUGCCAGUCCUGGAGGGGCCUGCUGGGAGCCGGAGCCGCCCCUUUAACGCUGUUCCUCAGCUACGGCGUUCCCGGUGUGUUUCCAGAGUCCCCUCGUUGGCUCCUCCUGUCGGAGCGAUCCGCGGACAUGAACUCGUUCAGCGAGAGAAGAAGCUCUAACAGAGACCUGAGGGAUGACGAGAGCUUCACAGAGCUGGACUCUGAGCCGGCCCCCUCCUCACGACCCCCCCUGUCCUUCCACGAGCUCUUCCACAGCAGGAACAUCUGGAAGAACAUGUGCGUGCUGGGCUUCACCUCAUUCAUCUCUCACGGCAUUAGUCACUGCUACAGCUCCUUCCGAGGCGACGUCAGAGGUACCGCCCCCAGCUUCUACUGGACAUACUUGCUGUCUGUGUGCGCAGGGGGCGGCGCCUGGCUGUUGCUGUGGGCAACUGUGGACAGGUGCGGCCGCCGCGGCAUCCUGCUCCUGUUCAUGACGAUGACGGGCCUGGCCUCUCUGAUCCUCCUGGGACUCAUGGAGUAUCUCAGCGAGACAGCCAUCACAGUGUUCUCAGUGUUGGGCCUUUUCUCCUCCCAAGCCACCGCCUCCCUCUGCAUCCUGUUCACCGCUGAGAUCAUGCCCACUGUCAUCAGGGGCAGUGGCGUGGGCAUUGUGCUGGCUCUGGGCUGCGUGGGCCGCCUCAGCUCGCCCAUCAUGGACCUGCGGAACCACUACGGCUACUUCCUGCACCACGUGGUCUACUCCUCCCUGGCGCUGCUGGCCGUGCUCUCCAUCCUGCUGCUGCCGGAGAGCAAGAGGAAGCCUCUGCCCCAGACGCUGGCCGACGGAGAGCAGUACAGGCGCCCGCCGCUGGGCCGGAGGAGGAGGGACAACGUGCCGCUGCUGGCCACUCCCAACCCAGAGACCUAAAGCCCCCCCCACCACUCGCACGUCCAUCCACCAAGACGACAGGGGAGACAAAGCAAUACAGAGAAGAAAAAAAAAACGGAGCCGCGGAUGGAGAGAAAAAGGGCUGCAGCGCAUCAAACCACGCUUUUCGAAGCGGUCGGAACCCUUAAAGCUUCCUGACAUAUCAUCCUCAAAGUCAUUCCAAACACGGGCGGUCGGGCUGAGCCGCCGCUGACGUCACCCGUUUUCGCUUCUCGCCAUUCAGACUCACACACCGAGGCAAGCCUCCAGCCUUCUCCCCACCUCUCUCUGACCACCAGCACACACUGCUGACUCUACGGGGCGCAGAGCUCACAGAGCGGCCGCAAAACCGCCGUCAACAUUUGUUUUAACCUCCACCGAGCGUUUUUCAUCACGGCCGUUUUUCAUCACUGUUGACAACACAGAAAAAAACAAAACAGAAAAAAACAUCUUUUUGUAUCAUUUUCUGUGUUUUCCUGUCAGAAAACCCUCCUAACCGGCGGAUUAGCCUGGAGCAGGGGUGCGUGUGUAGUGACAUUAGAGGCCAUCGUGAGUGUGACACGCCUUGUAAAUACUUCAGAGUUGAACUUUUAACUGAGAUUUCUUUUAAAGCAGACCCUGGAACUGGAACCUUACAGAAUGCUAUGCAGCGCAAAGCGGGCGUAAAGCACUUUGAAUCCUUUUUUUUUUUUUCUUCAUCUUUGUAAUAACCUUUUAUUUAACCAAAGCCUACAAAUUUAUGGGACGUAUAUGACACCUGAAUGAGAGCUUAUCAACAUUUGGAUCGAAAGUGAAACGUUUUAAUGAUCAAACUUGGAAAAUC